GGUGGGCGCGGCCUAGAAGCGGCAGGAGUCCAACAUGGCGGCCGAGUAGAGCGCCAGCGCCUUCGGCUUCAUUUGUACAAAGAGCGUCACGUUCCAUUCUUCUUUCUUUUUAUUUGCGCUCGUUAUCUUUAGGUCAUCGGACAUGGACAUGGACAUGAAAAAGAGGGUCCAUUUGGAGCUCAAGGACAGAAGUCCCGCCGAGGUGUGCGUAUUGGCGUUGGACACGUGUCGUUCGGGCGACGGCGAGGUGGACGGCGUGACCGAGGAGUUUUCGGCUCUGGAGGUUCUGCGCAUGGUCAACGUGGGCCUCAAGUCGCUAGCCAAAUUGCCUUCCUUGCCCAAACUGCACAAGCUGGACUUGAGCGACAACGCCAUCUGCGGAGGUUUGGAGGCGCUGGCCCAAAAAUGUCCCAACCUGACGCACCUUAACAUUAGCGGGAACAAGACUGUGGACAUGGCUGCCUUGGAGGCUCUGAAGCCCCUGAAGAAGCUCAAAACUUUGGAGGUGUUCGGUUGCGAGGCAGGCGUUCGGGACGACCACCGCGACGCCGUCUUCCGCCUCCUGCCGCAGAUCACGUACCUGGACGGGUUCGAUCGUCACGACGAAGAAGCGCCGGACUCGGACGACGGUGAGCCGCCGCCGAAUGGGUGGCGGAACGGCCCGGGAGAUAACGUUUUCUAUGUCGCAGACGACGGCGCCGGCCCGCACGACGAAGACGAUGACGGGAAUGUCUCUGAGGAAGAGGAAGAUGAGGUGGGCCUGUCGUACCUGAUGAAGGAGGGCAUCCAGGACGAAGACGACGACGGCGAUUACGUAGAGGAGGACGAUGAAGAGGAAGAGGAGGAGGAUGAUGAAGAUGGAGACGAGGAGGCGGUCCGAGGCGACAAGAGGAAGCGAGACGACGACGACGAAGACGACGAAGAUGAAGACGACCAAUAGCGGAAACUGCCGUCUUUGUAGAUGGCGAGUGCGCUCGAUUCUACUAUGUAAAUAAUUUUCAGACAACUUCCGUUUGUUUUUUUCUGAAUUGCUCUUUUCUGGUGUCUUUUUGUGAUCACAUGACCUGCGCGUUUUUCAAUAAAAAAAAUGCGGUGCCAGCGCCAAGAAAUCUUUCCUUUUGACACGAGGCCAUCGACGACCAUCGCCUUUUUAAAUGCUGACUUAUUUUGGGAAGCAGAAGAUUUGCCGCGUUACGGCAAAACCCAUUUAUUUCCAAUGGUAAAAAUAUUUCGAAAUGUACCUUGUCCUAUUGGAUUAGACAUCCAAAAAUUCAGGAAAUCACAAAAGUUUAGUUUUUGCGAAAAAUUCACCAAAAACAUUUAUUUUCAAUGGCAAAAAUGUUUCAAAGUGUAUCUGAUCCUAAAUUUAUUCAUUGGUUACACAAAAAAUGCGCACAAAAGUUGUAUAUCGUGUCAUAGACUUCAUAAUAUAUUGACAGGGCGCGGAGCCUAUCUCCAUCAAGGCUGACCAAGAGGAAAGAGCUUUUUCUGUUGAAAAUUCUUGUGAAUAAAUGCUUAAAUCCCCGAAUUCU